CUCCGGGGGGCGUCUCCGACCUUCGCGCGGGGGCGGGCGGGCUGGCUGGUUCGGGGAGGCGGCGGGAGCCAAGAACCCGAUGCGAGCCAGCGGAGCCGGGGAUGGCUUCGGCUGGAGGCGGCGACUGCGAGGGCGCCGCGCCGGAGGCGGACCGCCCUCAUCACCGGCCCUUCCUGAUCGGGGUGAGCGGCGGCACCGCGAGCGGGAAGUCCACUGUGUGUGAGAAGAUCAUGGAGCUGCUGGGCCAGAACGAAGUGGACCACCGGCAGCGGAAGCUGGUCAUCCUGAGUCAAGACAGGUUCUACAAGGUCCUGACCCCAGAACAGAAGGCCAAGGCGUUGAAGGGACAAUACAAUUUCGACCACCCAGAUGCUUUUGAUAACGAUUUGAUGCACAGGACUCUGAAAAACAUCGUGGAGGGCAAAACUGUCGAGGUCCCAACUUAUGAUUUUGUGACCCAUUCAAGGUUAGCAGAGACCACGGUGGUCUACCCCGCAGACGUGGUCCUGUUCGAGGGCAUCCUGGUGUUCUACAGUCAGGAGGUCCGGGACAUGUUCCACCUGCGCCUUUUUGUGGACACGGACUCUGACGUCAGGCUGUCAAGAAGAGUUCUCCGGGACGUGCAGCGCGGGAGGGACCUGGAGCAGAUCCUGACCCAGUACACCACCUUCGUCAAACCAGCCUUCGAGGAGUUCUGCCUGCCGACCAAGAAGUACGCAGACGUGAUAAUCCCUCGAGGGGUCGACAACAUGGUGGCCAUCAACCUGAUCGUGCAGCAUAUCCAGGACAUCCUGAGCGGCGACCUCUGCAAAUGGCAGCGAGGGUCCAAUGGGCGGAGCUACAAGAGGACAUUUCCUGAGCCGGGAGACCGUCCUGGGGUGCUGACCGCUGGCAAGCGAUCGCACUUGGAGUCCAGCAGCAGACCCCACUGAGGAGUGGGGUGCUCAGCCUCCUGGGCAGGACCCCUGACAGACUGUGUUCAGGGUUGGGCCCAGAGAUACCCGCCCACCCGCCCCUCUAAACGCCACCACAGCUUCCUCUGGGCGCCACAGGGUACGGACAGGAUGGGCGGGGAUCGCGGUGGUCCUCGCUGCACCUGUCACACUCGACAGGAUGUUGGCAUGCCCUCUUGACAUCUUCACCUGCUUCCGCACAUUAAAGGGUUAAAAGUCCAAGUUACUGAGAAAUGCUCCGGAACGUGUGGUGAGCCGGUCACGUCCCUUGGGAACACGGAGCACAUGGCAUGGCUGCUGUGGCCGUCCAAG